UUGAAUAUGUGCAAGAGAGUUUGGUGAUUUCUAAUUGUUCAUCACGUUUGAUCUUAAUCAGCGUGUCACGUAUCAGUCCGCACUCGGCUUGUGCAAAGGUGCAAAGUUUAGGAGACACGCUAUGCCACAUGCGCCACCAUUAGAGAGCUGCAUGCUCAUGUGCACUAGUCUGUCUCUUCUUCACGGCUGUGCGUCUUUUUCCUCUGCUGCACUGCGCGCAUGAAUCACGUUUCAACAACCAGGUCGAAAAGUGUUUGGACUACAUCGCUAUAGGAACAGCGUCGAUAGCUGCUAUGACACAGGGAAGGUCUAAUUACCGGACUUUGUGCUGGUGCAGGCUACACGUGAGUCGGAAGCUGUUCCCUACCGGAGGCGCGCGUGCGCUCUAACCACAGCACAGACGGCUUUGCGAAGUGGCAGCUCAGGCAACUAUAGACAUCAGUCUGAAUCGCAGCUCCACUGGAGGACACGCACUGUGCACCAUCUCCCUCAGCCGUCCGUCUGCGGGUCGUGGAAUAACAAACAGCCCCCCAAAGAAACACAGGAGCGGACAGCGAGCAGCACAGAAGUGAUGGAUGAAAGAAUACCGCAUUUACAGGACAGGCAGUUCCUGGAGCACGCAGAUUUUUUGGGGAUGGAUUACCCCUCGCUCUACAUGUGCAAGUCCAAAAGAGGAAUAAAACGAGAGGAUGGUGGGAAGGACGCAUACAAGUUACCACACCGACUGAUAGAGAAGAAGAGGAGAGACAGAAUCAACGAAUGUAUUGGCCAGCUGAAGGAUUUGCUCCCCGAGCAUCUGAAGCUCUCGACGCUCGGUCAUUUGGAGAAGGCGGUUGUGCUGGAGUUAACACUGAAACAUUUAAACGCACUGACUGCUGUCACUGAGCAGCAGCACCAAAAGAUCAUUGCUUUGCAGAAUGGAGACCGGUCAAUGAAAUCUUCCAUUCAUGCAGAUCUGGAUGCGUUCCACUCCGGGUUCCAGGCCUGUGCCAAAGAGGUCCUGCAGUACCUGAGUCAGUUUGAGAACUGGACGACACGGGAGCAGAGGUGCGCGCAGCUCAUCAACCACCUUCACAAGGUGCUGGCGCAGUUCCAGCCCGGCGCGCAGCCACUCCAGCAGCAGCAGCUACCCGCCGAGGACGCACAGGAUGGGCAGAAAACCGACAGCCAUGCCAACUGUGUCCCGGUCAUCCAGAGGACCCAAGGCGGGGAGCUUAACGAGAAUGACACGGACACGGACAGUGGAUACGGGGGCGAGGCUGAAAAGACCGAUGGCAAAGAUAAAGAAUGUGAGCGCAUCAAGGCGCAGGGACACAAGGCGGUGAAGAUCAAGCAAGAAUUUGGAGAUGAUCGCGCUGCCAAAAAACCAAAGAUAAACUGGCCUGGGAACGGUUUAGGCGGCACAGACCCCAUCAGACCUGAUCUGGCAUUAAUGAACUCUCUGAUGGGAAUAAGCAGUGUGGGACAACAGACACCUAUUUGCAUGCCUUUCUACUUCAUCAACCCAUCGGCCGCGGCGUCGUAUAUGCCUUUUUUCGAUAAAAGCAACAUUGAAAAGUACAUGUACCCAGCGGCGGCCGCUCUAGCGUCCCCUUUCCCCUGGCUAUACCCCGCACACGCGUCAGCAGCGGCGGCCGCGGCUGCAGCCGCCGCCUUCCCCGGUUUGUCUGCGCACUUUGGAGCCUCUUCCCAGUCCAGUGACUCCCACAGUCCAGACAGCGACGAGUCACACGAGGCUGAGACAGGCUCACCUGAGGAGCGCGAGGAAAGUCCCGCGAGUAACGACGCAGAGGGUGACGCAGCUGAUACGUCCCAGGAGAGCAAGAAUAGCCCACAUGAUCAGUUUUCUGCCUGUCAAACGAGCUAAUUUGUCUGUGUUUCCUUGCGUUGUGAGGAGUUUGUGUAUUUCAUUUUUUUAAUUGGCAGAGUUUCAAAACGAGGUUUCACGGAAGAGUUUCUCAUGUACAGCACCUUGGCGAAACAGGGGACAGUUGUGACGUCGUGUGCCUUUUGCACUUAUGCUAGAUGAAUCAGUCUAAAUGAUUAUCGAGUGAUCGACAUUAAUACACGGCUAUGUUGUGCUGGAGAUAAUUUUUUAUCCUCUUUGAUAAAAUAUUUUGAAAUGGCAGCAUUGGUGCCAAAACUUUGAGUAAGACAACAGCGUGCGCAAGCCCCCAAUCAGCGAGUCUGUUUGGAUGUAUGAAGUUGCAACUGACCUCUGCCAAGGUUAAGAGCUUGGCUGACUCUGACUGUAAAUAUUAUUACCUGGAGGACGGUCUGAUUCAUGAACAUGUAAAUGUGCACUAAACGGGCCUAUAAAAGAAGUGCUCUGCCACAGUAUACCUCAUCCCCAACUUUGCAUGGGGUACGCUGACUGGGAGGCACAUUACUGUCCCUCCUGAGUGAAUUGUAGCCCCCCCCCAUCUCCAUCAUUACCAGCACAUACAAAAAAAAAAUCUGCUACUUUCUCCAAUUACACUUUGAUAAUAAUAACAUCAUGGGAGAGGUAUUACGCCUGACUGCCCUCAACUCAUUUAACAGAUCUGAGUUUACUCUGGUUUCCUUUAGUCGUUCGUCCUUGUGAUGAAGAAGAGAAAAGACAGAAGAAAAACAAUCACUGUAAUCUGUUAGAAUGAUGGAAAGAAGAAACCCUUCAUUCACAAGGGACUGCUUGACCAGCAUAUUGUACGUUCCCCUGAGUGAAGCAUUUCGGCACAGGGAUGCAGUGACCUCCUGUACCUCCAGGAAACAUUGUAGGAUAGCACCUUAUAGAGCUUUGAUAUUGAAUGUACCUGUAUUUUCCCAGCUGUUAAAGUUUGUAUGUAGGAGGAUCUUUACUCUUUGAGAUGUAAAGUGCACUUUUUUCUGCUUUUACUCCCCGUCAACAGUCACCUCAUCACUUUAAAAAGUCUAGCACUGUAGCUCUCCUUGAACCUUUUCAUUGUGUUGAGUUGUUUUGAAAUAAAAAUAUGACUUCAUUUCAGAGGACAGGGCAGAGACACCACAUGCUUUACGAUAAUUUCAUGCAGUAAACAGUGAUUAAGUAAUCGUUUUAACAAAACAGCCUAUUUUUAGAUCUUUCAGGGCAAAAUGAUUUAAAUCAUAAUCAGAUUUAGAAACCCUGCGCCCCACUACACGCCAGACUAUUCCCCAAUUCUGUGUUAUAUGCUAUCAUUAUGUAAAACCUUGUUUUUCAAAUAUUUGACAAAGGUUGGAAAUGAGCUGUGGUCAUAUGACCAUCAGUUAGGAUCACUGCGGUUUUAGGAACUUCCUUUUGGCCUGUUUUCUAAGAGAUUAAUUCCUGCAAGUGUAGUGUUGUUCAGCUUUUCUUUUUUAAAGUUACACAUGUGACUGAAUAAACUGAUGAUUUUAAUUGUAUUUUGCAUACAUGAUAUUGCUUUCGUAGUUUUCUUCAGCUGGUUUUGCCUCAAAUCUAUUAUCAGCUGUUAUAUAAAGUGGCAUGUGUGUCUGUAAAUAGAUUUUUUGUGAAUAUACCAUGAAGUAUACAUGUCUAUGUCAAUGUUGUAGAAGUCUAUGGAUUUUUAUUUUGAGCAACUGUUGCACAUUUCGUUAAUGCUUUACACAUAUGCUAUUCUAAAUUAUUGCUGAUGAGUUGUAAA